GCUGACUUGGAGCUGAUGCACUGGGAAAACACUGAUUCAAUUAUAUGUAUUGAAUUAGCUGAUAGGCACAAUAUCGACAGUUCGUGUAUAGAUCGAUAUACAGAGGGCAUGCGGAAGUGAGAGGUCACGUGGGGUCAGGCAGCGCCGGGAGGACUCGGCGGAGGACAGCGCCUGGGAGACAAGGGGCAAGUCGAGACAGAGGUGGUUGUUCUUCGGCAGCAAUAUCAGCUUUAGUUUCCUGGAAAUAAACCACGACUUGAGAUGAAACGUUUGUCGUCAUCACUUGACUGCAGCCUGCCGCUGAGUGUUCACUAGCGAGAAAGCUCGGACCGGUCGGCUCGCUAUACCGCACAGUCACUUCUACAGCCAAGGCUCGCCGCCCUGCCCAUAGGUCCGCCCAGCGCAUUAUACCGAGGAACCCCCUCGCGGGAUUCAGGAGCCGUCAAAUGUCAGAAAGUGUCGGUGGGUUCUCUCGGGACGCAAUUACUUGUGACUGUGCUACCUAAAGUCAGGACAGAGGACAACUAGCUAUGAGAGUUAUGCAGUGUUUGUGUGAUGCGGCUCUCUACCAAGGAAUACCUGACUCAAGCUAGGAUGGACGUAACAGAGCGUUGACUGUAGGAUUAACAAUUAUCACAGGAUGCCUCUUCCACCGCUGUUCCUGACGCUGCAGGGUGUGAUGCUGUUUGCGGGGGUAGGAGCAUCCCCCACGGUGCCAAGCCCCACCCCCGGGGAAUACAGCUGCCCUGGUCGCCCUUGUGACUGUAUUUGGCUGAAGGAGACAGGGGAGGUGUUCCUGGACUGUUCGUGGUCUUCUCUGCCCAACAAGGAAUACUUUGCAACCAUCCCGAAGAAGAAGACCGUGUAUUUGACUCUAACCUGUGCAGUGCCCGGUCGUAGUCCCCUAUGGAACUAUAUGUUUAGCCAACUGACCGAACUCAAACAACUAAUCAUUAAAAACUGCGGCUUCACCGACAUCCCUCCCUACGUGUUCUCAGGCUUGACCUCUCUCCAGGAGCUGCACAUAGAGGGCGCUACGCUCACCAACAUCCACCCACGCUUCCUGGAUUCUGUGGUCAGUCUCCGAGGUCUUCACAUCAUCGACAGCAACCUGAGCCACAUGCCCUCCAUCUGCCAUCUCAACCACAUCCACAAGGUCAACAUCUCCAACAAUGCUGUUUCAACUCUGGACCACGCUGGUAUCCUCUGUGGGGGCAAUGAACUGCAGUCGCUGGAGAUCCUAGAUGUCAGUCACAACAUGAUCACAACCAUCCCGCUCAUGCUAGGAUACUCACUUCCCAACCUAAAGCGACUCACAGCAUCAGACAACUUCAUCAAGAAGAUCGAGACAGAUUCCUUGAACCGUCUCUCAGAUCUCAUCUGGCUUGAUCUGACCAACAACUCUUUGACAGAGGUUGCUCCUGAUUUUGUCAAGAACUGUACGGAGCUGUUAGUGUUUGGCUUGUCUUUCAACCCACUGCAUGGGGUUCCUAAAGGCCUCCUUUCUGGUAUGUCCAACAUCAUACAGGUCAAUAUGGACUACGUCAAUGUUAAUGAUAGUGUAUGGGAAGAGAUAGCACGCCUACCUUCUCUCGACACUCUCUCCCUGGCUGGGAACAGACUGACGCGCGUUGACCCAGACACAUUGGCUGAAUUGCCAGUGUUAUCGUACCUAAACGUGUCCCACAACGGCAUAGACAAGCUGUUCAGGAACACAUUCAAGAAGCAACAGAGACUGUUCAUAUUGGACGUGUCGUAUAAUAACCUCACCACUAUUCCCCGUCAGGCCUUCCGGAACCUGUUCAGUCUGAAGUCUCUGGACAUAUCACACAACAAGCUUCAGUCGGUGGGGAGGGAGGCUUUCCCUGGUCUGUUGAACCUGAAGCAGCUCGAUCUGAGCUACAACCGCCUGGACGGACUUCCCCGGGGUCUUCUGUCGGAUAUGCAGGCCCUCCUAAAACUCAAUCUCUCCCACAACAGCCUCAGCAAGCUGCCCAACCUAGAACACGCGGACUCGCUGGAAUACCUGGAUCUCAGUUUCAAUGAGCUCACUGUUCUUAACGCCACCACCUUCAAGACACUGACCUACCUACGAGGGCUGAGCCUCAAGGCUAAUCAGCUUCACACUCUGCCUGCAUAUGUCUUCGAGGACGCGGUGAACCUUGAACUGCUGAACAUGGCCAACAACCAACUGAGCAACCUGACCGAGGACAUGUUCCGGGGUCUGUCCUCUCUGUAUUAUCUCAACCUCAACAAAAACAAGCUGUCGGGGACGACGGGAGCGUUCCGGGAACUUCAGGAUCUCCAACACCUCCAUCUCCGAGGCAACCAGCUAGAGGAGAUCUACAGGGGUCAGUUUCCGGACUCUCUAGAAAUCUUGGAUCUCAGUCAGAACCGUUUGAACUAUAUCUCCCACUCCACGUUCAGGACGAUGUUAUAUCUCAAGGAGGUGAAGCUAACCGAGAACAACCUAACAUCCCUCCCCUCCAUCUCAGUGGAACUGCCCAGAGACAUGAAACCCACGGCUAAGAUGUACAUCAGUAACAACCCAUUCCAGUGUGACUGUGAACUUGGAUGGUUGAAGGACCUCAAUGAGGGCUUACUCACAAGUUAUGGAGCGUCACUGCCAAUGUUCCCAGACUAUUACAAUACAAGGUGCAUGAGCGUGUAUGACAGAAUCCCUAGGACCAUACCAUCAGUCCCGAGGUCCCAUUUCUUGUGUGAAUAUGCUGUCAAGUGUGCCAAAAAGUGUCAGUGUUGUGGGUUCGACGCUUGUUACUGUAAGUACGUGUGUCCCAACAAGUGUAAAUGUGUUAUCGGAGACUCGCACUUCCCAGUCCACCGUAUGCACUGUGAAGCCCAGAACUUGACCACCAUCCCACCACACCUCCCAACUGGAACUACGGAGCUCCUGCUGGACCAAAACAACAUCCGGACGGUGCAACAACACAUCUUCCUGGGCCUGUCCAAUGUCCUGGUGCUGCAUCUCAACCACAGCAACAUCCAUCACAUCGAGUCCAGAGCUUUCAUCGGUCUUAAGUCUCUGCAGAUUCUGUAUCUUAAUGAUAACUAUCUGACAGUUAUUGGUUCAGAUGUAUUCACCGGCUUAACAAACCUGACGUAUUUGCAUAUGGAGAACAACAGACUAUCAUGGGUAGAAAGCGGCUCCCUCAGCUUAGUGCCUAAUCUGCUCUAUCUAAACCUACAGUACAAUGACUUCGAGAAUAUUAGCAUCAGCGAAAUCUCGCCACUCAUGAACCAUUCCAGAGUAGCUUUAGCCUUCAACCCGUGGUCAUGCCAACAAGACUUCAUCUGUGCGUUCAGAAAGAUGCUCAUAGGUCACGGUCGAUCUGUGCUGGACGCUGUACACAUCCGAUGUAUGCUGGAGGGGGACCCGCUCGCCCCGGGGGAGAGUGCUACGGUGGCGUUCCUGGAAUACUCUGAACAGUCGCUGUGUGAGGCUAACAGUACGUUCUUCAUCAACGUGUCCUUUGACAGUGUCGUGAAAGUAGGGGACACUACCCAGCUGACACUGUUGGUAGCAGUCAGUGCAGCAGUGGCCGUAGUGGCGAUUCUAGUGCUCCUGCUCAUUGCCAAGAAGGACCUGCUGCAGGUUUGGUGUUACUCUAGGUUCGGGUGGAGGCUGUUUUCUAAGGACCCAACGGCAAAUGACACCACCAGGUACUACGACGCCUUUGUGUCUUGUAGUGAUAAAGACGAACAUUUCAUCAUUCAUGAACUAACUCCCAAAUUAGAAAAUGGGGAUAAAAAAUUUAAACUGUGUUUACAUUUCCGGGAUUUCCCAGUUGGGGCUUCAAUAGCCGAGACAAUUGUUCGAAGUGUGCAGAGUAGUAAAAGGACUAUUGUUGUGCUGUCUGACAGCUUCCUGGACGACGAAUGGUGCCGCUUUAGUUUCACUACGGCUCAUCAGCAGGUGCUGUCCGAGAUGAAGAACAGACUCAUCGUCAUCGUCAUGCACGACAUCGACGAGCGGAGACUCGACCCGCAGAUAAAACUUUAUAUGAAAACUCGGACAUAUUUAGAAUAUAAAGAUCCAUGGUUCUGGGAAAAAUUGACGUAUGCUUUGCCUGAUGUGCAGGACCGAUACGUGGAUAUGAAGGGGGCGUACGCUGUGCAGAAUGUCAUCAGGCAUCCUGGAGACGCCUUGCCCGGCGUCUACAACAACGGUCGCAUCAGCGUCAUUUCUGAGAACGUAGUCAACGACCUGUACGAGGUCCCUGUGUCGUCGGUGGUGUACCAGAGUGUAGGGAGCGCUAACCACACAGACUCAUCGAACUAUAAUGGCUCCUACUAUAACUCAUCCGGGCACUACGAGGAGGUGGAGCCCCUCCCUUAUAGACCACGUGACGCACAGGUGGCGCCACCCUUGCCCAAACCAAGAAACCAACAAGAAUUCUAUGGAGCCUGUUACUACGACAGGGCGUAGAAUUCCCGAAUGUAACCGAUGUAGACAACUACGUAUUGUGUCCAGUGCACGACGCUUUUGUGGCUGUCAAUGAAAUGUGUGAAUUCAAAACGCUUCCAAGAUCCAUUUUUUACUUAGUAUUAUGAGUUUCCAUGGUUACGUGAUAAACAUGUGUGCCAAAACUAUGACCACUAACCACCACUGCAGACAAUACUCCUUGUAUUAUUUCAUUGUGAUCAGUUUGCUUUUCUUCAGUUCCAAAUGCAAUAUGUCCAGUAUUAAAACUAAAUCAGUGACCCAAUGCUGCCCUCGACACCCCCGGACUGGGAUUACCUUGAGGAACAUAUACUCCCAUUGAAGGUCAGGACAGGAUGGAAUGACGCUUUGAUAGGAAAAUGAACGUUGUUUUUUUUUACGAAUUGGCUUCAUCUGAUUUUGUGAUUUGUAUUAUAGAAGUAAAUAUAUUAAUAUUUAUUUCGGGGAGAGUUGUUAGUCAAUGCGAAAUCUUGCCUUGUCGGAGAACAAUUAUGGGAAGGAUCCUUAAUACUGUAACCAAUUGAAAACAGUGUCUAUGAAAACAGUGUCCUUUGACUUUGACCUCAGUAAUCUAACGUUCUCGUUUUCUGACAACACGUUGCGUUUCUUUUGCAGUACAGUAUAAUGACUUGACUGUCACCAUCGGGGUACGAGUUAUGUAACUUUCUGCAAUAUUUUUUAUUAUAUAUAACUUGGGUUUGAAGCUGCGCCAGAUCCAUAUAUCUUGUUGUUAUUAUUAUUGUUAUUUAAAUAAAGUAAUGUCAGUGUU